CCAGUCAAAAAAAAAAAAAAAAAAAACUAGACAUAACGCAGGCAUUCUUUUUGGUUUUGGCAUCUUUAAACAGCUUCGCUAAAUACCAAUCCCACGUCUGAGCUCGAACCAUUGAGCUCAAGAAAUCCUACGGACCCAGAAUGGGUAUGGGACUCAUCCUAUCUGGACUUCUGGUUCCCUUCAGAAGAUGCGGAGUUCAAUGUCACAGCACUCGAAUGCUGGAACUAUAAUAAGGAUUCCAUACAGCCUUCACUCUUGGCUAUAAAAGCCGAAAAAAAAACCUUCCCAAUCAGUAUGGUUGAAGCAUGGUUGGACGAGCCGUACCCCUCCGACCCGAAUCAAAAGCUUUCCUCGGGGUUCAAAAUCCUGGUCAUACCCCUCGGUGAUGAAGAUGUCCUUCCGUCGGGCAUGUCGAGGCGCACAAUAGAUUUGGUCCAUGCUGCACUCGGACUGCCGCCCGUCUACCGACAUGGUGCUUCUGUCAGCACUGGCGCUGAUGGGAUGUUUCUGCAACCGGAUGGGACUUAUGCAAUUGUACAUCGCAACAGCGUCAGCCAUCGGUCAACUGGCGUGACCCUACGCUACGAUCCUUUGACAAACGUGACCCAGGGAGUUUUCCUUCUGCACGAGAAGGCCGUACCACUCCGCUGCUUUGAUAAGCUCGCAUCCCAGUUCUGUACGUGCCCACAUCCCUUGCUUGCGCUGUUAGCCGUCCUGGAAGCAUCCCUGGAGCUGGGCACACGGUACGAGAUGACGCAGGCCGAGACCGCCCUUCGCGAAAUAGAAUUGGAGACCGGAUACGACAUCAACGCCGACCCGGGAGAUAAUGCCGAGAGCGUGCCCGCGCGCACUGCCAAGCUGAGAACGCUGAUCCGGCGGCUUGGAACUGCGCAGAGCAGAAUGUUUUUCUGUCUGAAUGACUUCCGUGAAGUCCGGCGGUCCAUGGAAUUUGUGCAGCGGAAGCUCCGCUAUCUCAGCGCGUCUCUGCCCGAAGAUGUUCGACAGAGGCUGGAGCAGCCAUCGCGCAUGUUAGAGGAACGGAUCGAGUUCCUCAUGAGCAACCUCGAAAGCGCGCUGGACUAUAUGGCGCUGAAGGAACGGAUGGAGACUCAACAAUCUGUAGUCUUCAACCUCGUCGCGCAAAUGGACGGGAUGGUGAACAUUGGACUGGCCAAGGACUCGAAAGAGAUAGCAGCCGCGAGUAAGCGCGACAGCUCAGCAAUGAAAAUUGUGGCGGUGCUCACUACAUUUUUCUUACCUGGUACCUUUAUGGCGACGUUUUUCGCGAUGCCGCUGUUUGACUGGACCAAGGCCUCAAUUGACAGUGUCGCCAACAAGCACUUCUGGAUCUACUGGGCUGUUACGGGGCCUCUUACCGUUGCCACUGUUGUUGGGGUCGCCUUCUGGGCUUUUUUGCAGAGUCGCCAUGCCGAACGUCUGGCGCAGCGGGCAAGGAGGACGGUGGGUGCUGGUAUUACAGGCGAUGACGAGGCGAAAUAUAGGCCGGAUGGCUUGACGAAAAUUGAUAGUCAUAGUUAG